GGCCUCUCCUCAUACAAGGCAUCAAUGCCCCUCAUAAUGUCCCUCUACUACAUCAAUACACCCCAUAAAGUCCCCCCAUAAUGCACCCUAAUAAUGCUACCCAUAAUGUAGCCCAUAAGUGCACCAUUAAGCUCUCAUUUAGGUGGAGAAUCCUAGGAGCAUCUCUAUGCUACUAGUCUUCCAUACAUGCCACAUGUGCAGCCGCCUUGUUGUCACCUUGUUGGCGCCAUGUCAUCGGCCACAUGUGACAUCCUCCCCCACCUAUGCUCGCGACGCCCUCGUCGCGUCC